AUGGAGACGUUUUAUGGAGGAUUGAAUAGAGCAUCGCAGAUGGCAGCUGGUAGACUUAUGGACAAAUCUUACACUGAGGCUAAAGAGAUACUAGAUCACAUUGCUAAACACAAUAUGGAAUGGAUGGAUGAUACGUAUGAUGGAAGAGCUGACAGGAAGAAAAGAUCUCAGAACGUUAAUUCUAUCGAUUCCAACGCAAUAGCCACACUUUCUACUCAAGUGGCUAUGAUGACCAGCCUUCUACAGAACAUAACGUUGGGAAACGGAUCAAAUCAACAGAAGGUGAAUCAGGUAGAGGCGUUUGGGCAGCCCAUGGUUAGCUGUGUGGGCUGUGGAGAUCCUCACUUCUAUGCUGAAUGUUCACAAAACCCUCAGAGGAAAUCAUCAGAAGCACCACCCAGGGGCGAACCAUCAGCAAAGGAAUGGACCGCCGCCUGCAUUUCAACAAACGCAUCAACAAGAUCAACGCCCUUUAAUAGAGGAGGACAGACGUCGAGCUCAAGAUCUACGCUUGAGAACCUAUUGAAGGAGUACAUAGCCCAAAAUGACGCGUUGCUGAAAAUUCAGGCGUCAUCUAUCAGAAACCUAGAAAUCCAGGUAGGGCAGAUAGCGAACGAGUUGAAAAGCAGGCAACCUAGAGUUUUACCUAGCAAUAUUGAAACACCUAGGAACAAUAAUGGAAAGGAGCAAUGUCACAUGGUGACAUUGCGAAGUGGAAAAGCUCUUGAAAAAAGAAGAAUGAAUUCAAGAAAUAGCAGUCCUUUGAAAGAACGCAUCACACGUUCAAUGGAUCAGGAAAAAAGAAUGCCCGAGACUACAAGCCAUUCAGAACCCAGUACGUUUAACGUAAGAAAGCCUGAAGUGACUUUGAAUGCACCAUUUCCUAGGCAUCUGAUGAAGAAGAAUGAUGAACAACAAUUCAAGCGCUUUUUUAAGCUUCUAAAGCAGUUGCAUAUCAACAUUCCACUAAUAGAGGCUUUGGAGCAGAUGCCAACAUAUGUCAAAUUUUUUAAGGACAUUUUGACGAAGAAGAAAAGAGUCAGUGAGAAGGAAGUAAUAGCGCUAACGCAGAAGUGUAACGCGUUAGUAAGCAACAGUGUACCAAAUAAGUAG